AUGAAUGAAGUAUUCUGUACUGCUGAAGAUAUGGGUCUUCAAAUCUUUUACCAGGAUACCGACAGUAUGCACUUAUAUAAUGAAGACAUACCAAAGCUUGCAGCAGAGUUUAAGAAGAGAUAUGGUCGCGAACUUAUAGGAAAGAACCUUGGUCAAUUUCAUAGCGACUUUGCAGAAAUAACACCUGGAAAACAAAGUUUAGCUUAUAAAAGUAUUUUCUGUGGAAAGAAGACCUACAUAGACUUACUCACUAACGAUUUAAAUGAAGUUGCAUUUCACUGCAGAAUGAAAGGCGUGAAGCAAGAUGUUAUUGCUUUAACCGCUAAUGAAAUGUUUCCUGAAGCUAUACAAUGCUAUUACAAUGAAGAUAAGAACAUUCACAUACCUGUUGGAACAUAUGACAAAGACUCUGAGUUCAGUUUAAUGA